GGCAGAGUCAGUCUUUCGUUCGCUCCGCAGACGGACACGCUAAGAUGAAUCCUCUGGCCGUGCUGAUGCUGGUGGGCGUGGCCUGCGCCGUGCCCACACCCGACGCCGCGCCGCAGUACGGAGCGCCGCCCAUCGCGCCCUCCUACGACGCCCCGGCGCCAGCCCCCUCCACCGGCUAUGGCACACCCGCCUGCGAGCCUGAGACCCACUACGUCACCGUGACCUCCACCAAGAUCGGCUACGAGACCAAGUACAACACGUACACGGCGCUGCAGCCGACCACGCUGUACCAGCAGGUGACCGAGACGCUGUACUACCCCAGCACUCAGUACCAGACGCAGUACGUCACCAGCUACGUGGCCCCGGAGGUCAAGGUGAGCACCAAGGUGCUGUACGACACGCAGUAUGUGACGGAGCACCAGUACUUCACCGAGACGGCCUACGUGACCAAGACAGAGAAGGCCUACUACACCGAGACUGAGGUGGUGAGCAAGUACUACACCGAGACCGCCCAGGUCCCCUACUACGUCACCAAGACCGCCUACCAGACCCAGGCCUACCCCGAGUACCAGUACGUCACGGAGACCAAGGUCAGCUACGAGUACGUCACUGAGACCCAGAACGUGCCGAACUACGUGACUCAGACCGUGACCUCGGCGUACCCCGAGUACAAGUACGUCACCCAGACGGAGACGCAGAACCAGUACGUCACCGUCACCAAGACCGCUACCCAGAACCAGUACGUCACCGUCACCAAGACCGCUACCCAGAACCAGUACGUCACCGUCUGCCCCAAGCCGACCUACCCCAGCUACAACAACGGCUACGGCAAAUAGGCGCCCGUGGUGAGUCCCAGCGGCGUGCGGGCAUGCCCGUCUCCGCAAGCGUGCAUCAGCGACGUCUGCAGGCGCAGGGGAGAGCCCAACCUCCAUGCCGGCCAGCCGGGAGUUUAACGAUGGGCAAGCGUCAUGAAGCAGCGCUACGCAAACGCCGCUGAGCCAUAUCCGCCCAGCGGGGCAAUGUCCACUUUGGCGCUGUUUUCGUGCAAACGGCGUUGAGCUGGCCAGCGCGCCGAUCGUUUCGCGCUGAUGAGGCAAGCGCGCCGACGAAACGCGGGCACCCAGGUCAUUUUCCGCCCAGCUGCCCACGCCGGGCCAAUCCAACGCGCUGCCGCAACGCAGGGCGGCAAUCAGUCCGGCCGCGUCCUUGCCGUAACCGUGGCGACCCAGAAAAUCUGCUUCGUGCGCGUCGGUUGCGUCAGCGGGGCAGCGAAGCGUUCGUCAGCGCGUCGGCCCGCCGCCGGCUGCGUGUCGCAACGGCGCGCCCGGCCGUCGGCGCUGACCGGCACUUUCGGCCGGUGACGUCACAACAGGAGCGGCAUUCAUGGCGCGCUGAGACGAGCGGUGCGCGCCCCCGGCACCGCUGCUCACUUUCACUAGCGGCGUGUACUUUCACCGUGGGCUACGCGGUGGCGAGCCGCCAACAACGCGACCCAAGCCGGGUCGGGUCCAAGCGGGGUGGCAGUUGAGGUGCUGAUUGAACUACACAGACUUUGCUAGACUUUCUCGCGCGCAUUCGUUCGAUCAGAGGAUCUCCUUCACUGGCUGCUGUGACAAAUGCAAGUUGCGGUCACUGCGGGCUCAGAUGCGGCUACUUCCGAUCGUCUCCGCUCACUUCCGCCUGUAUUGCCGCUGACGGGCGUCCGCUCAGGCGGCCAAAGCGGCGCGGUUUUCUCCGCGACGGCGCCGCUGACGAUCGAGGGCAGGUACAGUGCCACGCGAGGUACCUCGGUGCACCGUGCGUCGCCUAGAAAGCGAGCUCGUCGCGCGGCGUGUCUGAGCGCGGCGGUGUCACGCGGCGCCGCCUCACGCGUCGCGAGAGCUCACGUCGUCUCGGCUCUCACAGCCGUUCAGUGCCGUCAGCUUCCGACGCGCUUCGCGCCGCGCCAUUCAGGCGCGCUGCCGUCCGCGCUUCUCCAGCUCCGCGUACAGCUGACGCCCCUCUCGAGGGAAAAGCCGCGUGGUGGAGGCGCGGGGCGAUCGGUGGCCUAUGCCGGCAACCUUGAACGUGUGAGCGGCGGCCGAGAAAGUGGUCGGCCCGAGGCGGUGUUCGCCCAGACUCACUUUCGAGCUCGGGCACGAGGCAGCCAUCAUUCCUUUCACCGGACGAUACGCCUGCUCGCCUCCACACUCUUGGCUGGUGGCCUCUCUCUUAUCAGCGGCGCGCACGCGCUCGCCAAACAUGCGAUCAAGAUCAUCUAUUUUGUGGCAGUUGUCGAACUGGUGUUGGCACGAAGAGUAACCGAACUACCCAGCAGGGUGGCCUCAGUUUUAAGAACAAUGCACCAGUAUCCGCCCUCGCACAAGCGGAACAUAAUCGGAAAACUGCCUCGCCCUCGGCUGAUUGUGACCUCCAUGAUUUACAUAAUUGAAGUUGGUGGCGACACCUUUUAAUGAUGUCAUUUUCUACCGCUUUUUUGUCGCAUCUUGCAUCAGAUUGUUCAGCGGGCGGUGGGUGUUCCGGUCGUCACCAUGUUCACCAUGACACGGGCGGCACUAACGGCCUUCUGUGUCUGUUCCAGACUCUGGCCCCAACAGUCACCUCUACUCCUCUAUUGUUACGUCGUCCGAGGGCCUGUGACCUUCCUGUACAGGUCACCAAUCAGCUGUUCUUUAUCUGUUAUGUAAUUAUUUAACGGUGUACAUAUGUGAAUAGUCUAGGAAGGAGUCACGGGAUCGGCUGGUCCGCCCAAUCUGGUCAACAAUUGCAGUGUCAUGUGUAUGGGAAUUCGCGCCCCUUAGCCUAAGUGAUGAAGUGCUCAGCUUGUUUUUGAUGUGAUGUGCGACUCGGUGUCUUGAACUAUGCGACCCGGCCCCUCGUAGGGCACGGCAUUUUGUAAUAAACUAUGCAAGGA